GGCGGCGGUGGCGGCGGCGGCGGUGGCGGCGGCGGCGGAGCCGGGCGGCGGCGGGAGUCGGCGCCCCUGGUUCCUGCCCCUGGUGUCGAGGUGGUGGCGGACGGGCGUCCGGGGAUGGCCUUCAUGGAGAAGCCGCCGGCCGGCAAGGUGCUGCUGGACGACACGGUGCCGCUGACAGCAGCCAUAGAGGCGAGCCAGAGCCUGCAGUCCCACACGGAGUACAUCAUUCGGGUGCAAAGAGGAAUUUCUGUAGAAAACAGUUGGCAGAUCGUUAGGAGAUACAGUGACUUUGAUUUGCUGAACAACAGCUUGCAGAUUGCAGGCCUCAGUCUACCUCUUCCUCCCAAAAAAUUGAUUGGUAACAUGGAUCGUGAAUUCAUAGCUGAGAGGCAGAAAGGUCUUCAGAACUAUCUCAACGUUAUCACCACAAAUCAUAUCUUGUCUAAUUGUGAGCUGGUUAAGAAGUUUUUAGACCCAAACAACUAUUCUGCAAACUACACUGAGAUUGCCUUACAGCAAGUUUCCAUGUUCUUCCGGUCAGAACCAAAGUGGGAGGUGGUAGAACCAUUGAAAGACAUAGGUUGGAGGAUAAGGAAGAAAUAUUUCUUGAUGAAAAUUAAAAAUCAGCCAAAGGAACGGCUAGUGUUAAGCUGGGCUGACCUUGGUCCCGACAAGUAUCUGUCAGAUAAAGAUUUUCAGUGUCUAAUCAAACUUCUGCCUUCCUGUUUGCACCCUUAUAUCUAUCGGGUCACCUUUGCCACAGCUAAUGAAUCCUCUGCAUUGCUUAUUAGGAUGUUUAAUGACAAAGGAACUUUGAAGGACCUGAUCUACAAGGCAAAACCAAAAGACCCAUUCCUAAAGAAGUACUGCAACCCUAAGAAGAUUCAGGGCCUUGAACUCCAGCAAAUAAAAACAUACGGGCGGCAAAUAUUGGAGGUACUAAAGUUUCUACAUGACAAGGGAUUCCCUUAUGGGCAUCUUCAUGCCUCCAAUGUGAUGCUAGAUGGUGACACUUGCCGGCUGCUAGACCUUGAGAAUUCUUUAUUGGGCCUUCCUUCCUUCUACCGAUCCUAUUUCUCACAAUUCAGGAAAAUCAAUACAUUGGAAAGCGUGGACGUCCACUGCUUUGGCCACUUACUGUAUGAAAUGACUUAUGGACGACCGCCAGACUCAGUGCCUGUAGAUUCCUUCCCUCCAGCACCGUCUAUGGCUGUGGUGGCCGUGUUGGAGUCUACGCUGUCUUGUGAAGCCUGUAAAAAUGGCAUGCCUACCGUCUCCCGGCUCUUACAGAUGCCAUUAUUCAGUGAUGUUUUACUAACCACUUCUGAAAAGCCACAGUUUAAGAUCCCCACAAAGUUAAAAGAGGCAUUGAGAAUUGCCAAAGAAUGUAUAGAAAAAAGACUAAUUGAAGAACAGAAACAGAUUUACCAGCAUCGAAGACUGACAAGAGCUCAGUCUCACCAUGGAUCUGAAGAAGAAAGGAAAAAGAGAAAGAUUUUAGCUCGAAAGAAGUCAAAACGAUCUGCUGUUGAAAAUAGUGAAGAGCAUUCAGCAAAAUACAGCAACUCCAAUAAUUCAGCAGGAUCUGGGGCCAGCUCACCUCUCACAUCCCCGUCGUCACCAACUCCACCCUCUACGGCAGUAGAGCAUGCACCAUUUUGAACGUGAAUUUUCGGUAAAGUAAGCUAUACUGAUUUCUCUAACUUUAAAGAUGCUCUGUUUCUGGAUGUGAAAUGGGCCCCAGUGCAUCUAGAUCACUGAAGUGAUGAACAAAUGGGAAAGCAGAUUUGGGACAAUUUCCUUAUCUGAACAUUUAAAUGAAAUACAGCAUCUUUAAAAAGCACCCAAGUGACUUCAUUUACAUUCAUUUCAUUUUCACCGUGACCUUCAAAAUCUUCAUUUCCACUCUGAUUGUAGUUUUAAAAUACAGCUCUAAAACUGCAAAUUAACCACAUGGCAUUUUGGUAUAUUUCAGUUUUGGAAAGCAAGAUCCCAGAGUCUUAGUGUAGCAAACAUAUUGGUUCCCUAUCACUCUGAUGAAGGGAAAGAGCAUUAGCCGAUUGAGUUCUUGGUUUCAGGAAGACAACUCACUGGCUUUUAUAACUGUCGGGGAAAACAGUUUUCUUUAAAGCAUCCCUAAUAAUUCCUGAGUUGGGACAUGAGUGCAGCCUCCUCAUCUACCUGAGGCAAAAUACAAAGGCAGUUGCCAAGAGCUGGGGGGGCUGCCUGCUUCCAGGGGCCACUGCUAUCUGUUCCCUCUCGAGGGUGGCUAGCAGGUCCUGGUGUUGGUCUGGUGGCCCCGUGGUCUCCCCACUUGCAUUCGCGGACCACAACGGAACUCAGACCUACAGGGACUGGUAGAUGGCCCACUGCUAAAACUGGCCCCAAAGAAAGGGCACCCCCCCCCCCCCGCCAGGUGUCCUUUUGCUGAGGCUGGUGAGAAUGUUUCUAGCAAGGCAUUCCAUCCUAGAUCGAACCUUUGCUCUUCCUGCAGUGGUAUGUGGUCCAUUCCAGGGCCUCUGCUGAAUUGCCAGGUUCUCAUUAGUUUGGUGGAUGGGAUUCUGGGGAGGGUAAAGUAGUUGGCUUUUGGGAUUUUUGUCUGACAGUAGGUAGGAUGGGAGAGAACUGUUUUGGAGCAUCCCUCAUCCUGGGUUUGCAGGCCAAUAUUUCUCAGAGCAGGGAGAAUUCAGUUAGUGACCAACCUUUUUUUUUUUUCCUUCAAAUUUUUAUUUAAAUUAUAGUUAGUUAGCAACCAGUGUAACAUGGAAUCUGUCUGGUCUUAUCUGGGGCCUGGAGAUAAGGGCUGUUGGGUACCUGCUGGCAGGGACGAGUCGGUGGCACUCAUGCUGGCCUCAGACACAAUAGCCAACUCUGCAUUGGGCCCCUAUCAAUAUUGCCAACUGUUAGAACGUGUUGUAGCUUAAGUCCCAACAAAUCUUUAAAGGAAGCUUGUGGACUAUAGAGAAUGUAAAAUGAAAAGGCCAAAAAACCCUGAUGAGGCCUAUAGUCAGAGGCUGAGUCCCUGGGUCUGUGUUCUUGCUUCCUCCACUCCUGACCUUCUGACUGUGGGACUUCCUCCCUACUUCCAGAGUGUUCUGAGCUGGCAAGAUGAGGUCUUGUCUUGCCCUGGUAGUACACAUGAAGAUCUGCCCUAAUUGUCACAGGCCCAGUGAGGAAAUUGGGCCUCAUGGGACAGAUAGGCCCUUUGGGUCUGGUCCGGCCCUCUGGGGGCAGACAUCAGGGUGACCUUGCUCCUUACCGUUGGAUGAGCAGCGUCUCCUUUUGCACAGACCUCCACUUCUCAUUUGCUUCAUAUGCAUGGGUUACUCGGUGACACCUGGGACCUUGUAUUUAUUUAUGCUACCUACGUAUUCAAGGAGAUUCAUUUUUAAAGCCGUAACAAUCUCAGCCUUUAUUCGGAAAAAUAAAGAUCCAUGUACUGAGCACCACACCCACCUCCCAAACUCUGAGAUCAUCAAUUUGCACUUUUAAUUUUUGAGUGGCUGGUAACGCAGCCAAAGUCGAGGGUCGGCUCCUUGUGAGAACCAAGCAGAUUCGUUCUCUAUUCAGGUCCAGCAGCUGAGACCCACACCUCUAGCCACCCAGAAUCCCGGGCUGGAGGGGUAACGGGUCUCUGGAUGGCUUGCUCUGUGCCUUUAGCACUUGCAGCCCAGAGCCUGUUUUCUUUCUUGUAACCUGCAGUGACUUUUCUCCAGGGUCAAAGCACAAAGCUGGCAGGCAGAAACUGAAGCCCCUUCUGGUACGCAGUGUCAAACCCAGAUGCUGGCCAUUGGGUGGCGCUGCGGGGUAUCGGCACCUGCGGCUCCUCUGGGAGCUCUUGGUGCUGCUGUUGAGUCCCAAGAACCUUCAGAGACACCCCCCUCCUCCUGGGAUUUCACUGGCCACUCUCCAAAACCCCCUUCUGGCAUGCUUAUUCUCCCUGCUCUUCUCACCUCAGCAGUCAUUGUGGGUUUAAAGUCCUUUUUAUCUUUGUAACCCUGUAACAUAAAGCUGGGAACAUUUUUCCAUAAGCCACCCUGGCAGAAAACGCAAUAGAACUUCAUUCAUUAGUUGUUACUGUAUAGACCCAGUGAGAAUUACAUUUUGUUCAUUUGUCUGUAUUUAAUGUUUAUUCAUAUUGCUAUAUUUUCAUCAUUUGAGAAUUCUGAGAUUGCAGAGUAUGAAUGUGUGUAUCUAUGUGAUUCUUUAAUUUCAGCUGCCUUAGGUUUGAGUAAAAGAUGUAAGGAAGGUAAGUGGUUUUCUAUGAAAUACAAGACUUUGAACUGUUAUGUGUCACACUCGGUAAAAAGGAUGCUCUUACCUAAGUAUUUGAUUGGUGACCCUGAACCAGUCAUCCACAGAAACUCAAGUGGUGAUUGGUAUGUUUACUUGUUACCUCCACAGCUCAGUAGCAGGUUAGAGGGGAAGAACGCCUAACAGAAUGUCUCGCUAUGUAGCUCCAGGAGGGGCCGAGGCUAAGGCUAGAAACAGACACAGGAGUCACUGAGAACUGCAAGGUUCAUAGGUAAUGGGGCAGGUAACUGUGGCACCAGUAAGUUCUUUAAAACAGGUCUUUGGCUGUACUCAGUUUUUAUUUUGUCCUAGGAGAGUCAUUCAUUCAUCGAUUCAAAAUUAUAACAUUCAACUGCCACAUGUUCAUGUGCCUGGAAGCUAAGGGAAGUUUUGGACACUUGUCUAGUUGCCUUCUCCUUGCCCACUAGGGUAGAGUCUCUCCUGAUGCUUCAGCAAAGAUGUAGGGUUAUUGCAGCUCGAUUCUGUUCCUGGGUUAGGCCCCAGUGGAAAGAAGGUGCUGAGGAAGACUCCUCCUCCUCCUGAGGAUACCAUUGCCAGGGAGAGAGCCCUCUGCCCCCCGUCUUGUACUGUUAACAGUUAUUAGCAUCUUAUAUUUCUCUAAUGCAGCCUAAUAGAAAAUGAUUAUUCGAGACAUGCGCCCCUGGGGAACCCUUAACCCAGCGGGCACUGGUUCCUUGCCUAGAAUCCUGAGUGCUUUGUCAUUUUCUAUUAGAUCACAUCCUUCAAAUAUUGUGGGUGUUGGGGCAGCUAAAGAAAUGUUCAUCCUUUAUCAGUAAUUGAUAUUCAGGUAGUCCAACUCUGUGCAUACAAAUGUCUGUCUUUACUUGCUAGCUCAGUACGUGCCCUGGACCUGCCUAAAGUAGCUGAUGGAACUUUUCUUUUGGGACUGUUGCUAAAAUUUGGAAAUGGAGUUAGAGCCUCAUCUACGUAGGGAGAAGGUCACUGUGUAUGGUUUCAUGUAAUCUGUGAUACUCAGUCUUAAGAUGACUUAGGGGAAAAUGGUAACCUUGAAUUAAUUCCCCUUUGAUGCUUCUAGCUUUCUUGUUCAGCAUUUUAAAAAACCGUACAGUAUGGGUAGCUUGGUCCCUCUGGGGGAACACAUUUGCAGUCUCAUCCAAGUCCCUUCUACCCAGGACUGAGCAGUAGCAUGUGUGUGGGGUGUUGGGAGAGAUGAUACUCACUGUCCCUUCUCCCCCCGAC